GUUCUUCGAUAGAGAAGUUUGAGAGAAGUUGCGAGUGUUUGCUCCGUGUUGUUUUCUUCAAAAUUUCAGGCCAAAAAUUGUGAACCGUAUCGGUGAAAUAAUUGUGUUUUAUAAUGAACUCUAUGUCCAUUUUGCAUGAGCAUUGGGGACAGUGUUGAGAAAAAUUCAAGUGCUUGUGUGGUGAGACGUGUUGGGUAGAAAAUGUAUAGUAAACCUUAGGUUGAGCUGAGAGAAAAACACGCUGGGUGGUCUUUUCCUAUACCUAUAUACAUCAGCUCUGUAGCUAUAUACCGAGCUCACAUAUGUAUUGCAUUCAUCUCAUUUCUUAUGCUUAUGCCGAAUGAAAGAAAAAAAAAUUAGAUAACCACACGUGGGAGUGCUUAUAGUGGAAAUUUCAAGUGAAUUUUUAGUGUUUUUUUUUUGGGGGGAAAGAUCUUCAAAAAAAAUAAAUAAAUUGCGGGAGAGCAGAGGGUGGACAAGGAUAAGAAGUCGUUAGGAUCAGGUAUUCCACCCAUGUGUUAUAUUGUAAUAAUGGUGUUAGACGACUGAGAAAAAAGAGGUGGGAGAAAGAGAGAGAGAGAGAGAGAGAGAGAGCGAGUGAGAUUAUCAAAUAGAGACAUAUUAGCCUGGGAGAGGAGACACACGCACAGAGGGAGAAGAGAUGCAUGAACUUCCUCGUGUUCCGGACUCCCAUGGGGAUCACAUCGACGAGAAGCUCUUCUCAGAUCUCUACGUGAGGACGAGCUGGGUGGAUGCAGCCACGGCAUUUCAGCAGAUCGAGAGCGGUAAAGCAAGAGGACGUCGUCUGGCUGUGUACAUUAGAUCUGUACUCCAGGUGCACCUCUAUUCACUGGGAUGCUAUCUCCAGAAGCACGCCGGGAAGGUCAUCUUCGUGGCCAUCCUCGUGCUCAGCUCCUUCUGCGUGGGGCUCAAGAGUGCAACGAUUCAUUCCAAAGUGCAGCAAUUGUGGAUUCAAGAUGGAGGACGAUUGGAGGAAGAACUAAAGUACACAAUGAAAUCACUGGGAGAGACGGGCUCGGCGACACAUCAGCUGGUGAUUCAGGUCUCCAAAGAGCCCAAUGUAUCGAUUCUGCAUACGCACGCAUUAAUGGUACAUUUGGAGGUACUUCGGAGGGCUACUGCAGUAACAGUGCACAUGUUCGACACGACUUGGGGCCUCAAGGAUAUGUGCUACUCAAUGAACGCCCCCAACUUUGACGUUCACCUCAUCGAGCAGAUCUUCGACAAUAUCAUCCCGUGUGCCAUAAUUACGCCACUGGAUUGCUUCUGGGAGGGUAGCAAGCUUCUUGGUCCGGAAUUUCCUGUUCACAUACCGGGUUUGGCUAAAAAACUCCAAUGGAGUUCUCUGAAUCCUCAGCAUUUGCUCAAGAAUAUGGAAGCACUCAACUAUCAUUUUCCCUCCAAGACGAUUGAGAAGUAUCUGAAGGGAGCAGGAAUAACUACGGGUUAUACGGAGAAGCCUUGCCUAGAUUUACGGGAUCCACAAUGCCCAGAAACAGCUCGCAACAAGAAUUCAACUCAGGCUCUGGAUAUUGGGGCUGAAUUGACUGGAGGAUGCUAUGGCUAUGCCACAAAGUACAUGCACUGGCCAGAGACUCUGAUCACAGGAGGGGCAUUUCGUAAUAAGACUGGACACUUGAAAAAAGUUACAGCACUACAGUCAGUAGUUCAACUGAUGGGAGAGCGUGAGAUGUACGAGUACUGGAACAAUCACUACAAGGUUCAUCAUUUGAGUUGGAGUCCUGAAAAAGCCACUGCAGUCCUCACAGAAUGGCAAAAGAAAUUCUCAAUAGAGGUGAGCAAAAUCGUAAAAAUGGACGAACUGACGACUUCCUACAACAUCUUUGCCUUCUCAUCGGCUGCUCUCGAUGAGAUUCUCGAGAAGUACUCCAAUCCCAGUCCCAUGGGAUUGGCCAUUGGUGUUGUGACAAUUGUGGUGUAUGCUGGAAUUGUCUUGUCAAACUUCCAGAAUCCAGUCCGAAGUCAAAUGGGCUUGGGUAUUGCUGGGGUUCUCCUUGUAGGUGUUUCCACAGCAGCUGGUUUGGGUUUCUGUGCUCUCCUUGGGAUUCCCUUCAAUGCCGCUACAACUCAAGUUGUUCCCUUCCUUGCCCUGGGAUUGGGAGUUGAUCAUUUGUUUUUGCUAUCCCAUGAGUAUUCCAAGCAGACCAAUGAAGAACAAACGGCUGGAAUUCUCAAAAAAGUGGGAUUGAGUGUUUUUGUGAGUGCUGCAUGUACAACAGGAUCCUUCCUUGCGGCUGUCUUGAUUCCCGUUCCGGCACUCCGUCUGUUUUGCCUUCAGGCAGCUAUUCUGCUGACUUUCAAUCUGGCAGCUGUGGUCAUUGUCUUUCCUGCUUUGAUAUCCCUGGACCAGAGACGAAGACGUGCCAAUAAGAUUGAUUUACUGUGUUGUUGCUUGCCACCGAUGCCAGAGAAAACCAUCAAACAACACAAUAAAGCCGCAGCUUUCCAUUCGGACAUCCUGACAGAAUGCUCUUUUGGGAACUUCCUGAGAUUCUCCCUCGUGGAAUUCGUAGAGAAGUGCUAUGUUCCAUUCAUCAUGAAGAGAAUUGUGAAAAGUGCUGGAAUGACAUUGUUUGCCAUUGCCCUGGCUUUUGGUCUCUAUGGAACCCUCAAGCUCCAGGAUGGACUUGAACUGACAGAUUUGGUUCCCAAAAACUCCGAAGAGCACAAAUUCCUCCAUGCACAAGAGAAACUCUUUGGCUUCUACUCGAUGUUUGCCGUAACUCAGGGUGACUUUGAGUAUCCAAUGAAUCAGAAGCUUCUUCAUGAAUACCACGAAGCUUUCGUUAGGGUUUCACAUGUCCGGAAGAAUGACAACGGAGGUCUGCCGGAUUUCUGGUUGGGACUCUUCCGAGAUUGGUUGUUGGACUUACAGAAAGCUUUCGACAGAGAUUUCGCUCAGGGCAGAAUUACGCAAGAGAGAUGGUUUGCCAAUGCUUCAGAUGACGCUAUUUUGGCCUAUAAGCUAUUGGUGCAGACUGGACAUGUGGACAAUCCCAUCGAUAAGAGCCUAGCUACGCAGAAUCGUUUAGUGGAUCAUGAAGGCAUUAUCAAUCCCAAAGCUUUCUACAAUUAUCUUUCAGCGUGGGCAUCCAAUGAUAUUCUGGCCUAUGGAGCAUCUCAGGGAAAUUUGAGACCAGAACCUCGUGAAUGGAAUCAUCAGUCUCCCAGGGACUUUGAACUGAAGAUCCCUAAAAGCGCUCCCCUAACAUACACCCAGCUCCCCUUUUUCCUCCAUGGACUUCACGAUACCACAGAAAUCAAGGCAACAAUCACGCAAAUCCGGGAGAUUUGUGAAAAAUUUGAAGCUCGUGGUCUCCCAAAUUAUCCCUCAGGAAUCCCUUUUACAUUUUGGGAGCAAUACAUGAACUUGCGCGAGAAUUUGACUUUGGCUCUGGGAGCUGCCUUAGGUAUGGCCUUCAUUCUCGUUGCAAUUGCACUUCUGUCCCUUUGGGGGGCUUUUCUUAUCAUCUUCUGUGUCGUGGCGACUCUGGUUCAGCUUCUCGGUCUCAUGACACUGCUGGACAUCAAACUUUCCGCCAUUCCUGCCAUCAUUCUUGUGCUCAGCAUUGGCCUCAGUGUCUGUUUUACGAUCCACAUAUCUCUGGCCUUCAUCACAGCUGUCGGAGCGAAGGAUCGUCGCAUCCGAAUGGCUCUUGAAUAUGCCGUAACUCCUGUAAUCCAUGGAAUUGCAACAACAACUUUGGCCAUUGUGAUGCUCUCCACAUCUCCCAUCGAAUUCAUCGUGCGUCACUUUUUCUUGCUCCUGUUGUCGGCCGUCUUUGUUGGAGCCAUCAACAGCCUCUUCUUCUUCCCCAUUGUUCUGAGCCUCGUGGGUCCGACAUCAGAAAUCAUCCCCUUGGCCAAUCCCGAUCGCAUUUCCACACCAUCACCACGGCCAUGUAGGCGCUCCCGGAAGAGCCACAAAGUGGUCACGGUGAAGGACAGAAGUUUCAAGGAUGGCCUAAGUCAGUCCAGAGGACACCACAGAGGUCCAGCGGCCAUGGAGAAAGAACCCUCCCUGACCACCAUCACGGAGGAGCCGCAAUCAUGGCAAUCGUCAGCAUCGUCGAUGCACGAAAUGCCAACGGGAGUGCGGAACAACAUCACCCUCCAACCCGAAGUUACCGUUCAGCAGGAGGGGCAGGAGGGCAAAGUACAAACUGUGACGAUACGAUCAUCGCUCAAGUCGCAGAGUCUCGACCUCGAGACCAUCCAGCUGAUUUCCCUGACUGACAAAGCCGAGAGCAAGAAGCUCACGCAACCGUCCAUCGUCAAGACGGAGGUGGAGCUCGUGACACCCGGAUGCUGUUCGGGCAACAGCAGUUAGCGUUCUAAGUGCUUCUAUACAGAGCAACCGUAACAUUAAUGGAAUUUAAUAUUAAUUGAACCGAUUGAGAGAGAGAGAAAGAGAAUUCUAUAUACGAUUGUGUUGCCGGGAACACAGCUAUAUCUUCAGUGCUUGCAGGCACUACAACCCUUUUUUUAUUUAUAUUUAUACACUUUUGUAAUAAAGUCUUAUAGGUUGAAGAUAAA